AUGGGCAGCAAUCCCGCAACCAAUGCCGUCCUUCCGCCUGAAGAAGAGAACAACAGCCCGCCUCGCAACGACGACGGGGUCAGCCUCGCAGACGUGCUGCCCAAGACCCGCGGCGUGAACAUCUUCGCCUCGCUCACGCGGCAAUUCGAGUCCGUUGACGCGCGCCUCGGCGACGCAGCGCACAAUGUGACCGUGCUGGCGCCGCGCAACGGCGCCAUCCAGGACCUGCCGCGCAAGCCGUGGGAGAACCCGGAUGAUAUCGCGCGGUUCGGCGAGGCUCAAGCGUAUGAGGGGAAGGACGGGCAGGACCGCGCCUCCCGGAAUCUGGAGCGGUUCGUCAAGGCGCAUGUGGUCGCGACAAGUCCGUGGCGCGAGGGAGAGGAGGCCGAGACGCUGUUGGGGGAUAAGUUGACGUGGUCGAGGGCUGGGGAUAAGAUUCGGAUUCAGCCGGGAGAUGUGGAGGUGGAUAGUAUUGCGGAGAAAGUGUCGAACGGUGAGGUUUGGGUGCUAAAUGGGGUGAUCAACUAUCGUUAG